AUGGCCGCCAACGAAAGGGGGCCUGAUAUGACUAGUGGAGAGCAGUACCGGGUCAUUCGCGAGCGCAACGUCAUGGUGCCGAUGCGCGACGGUAUUCGCCUGGCGACGGACAUCUACCGUCCCGAUUCGCCGGGGCGCUUUCCGGCACUGGUGACGCGGGGACCGUACGGCAAGGACGGCUACGCCGACAACCAAGAGCACUCCAUUUGGUUCUUCCCGCAACGCGGCUACGUGGUGGUGAGCCAGGACUGCCGCGCCCGCUUCGACUCCGAAGGCGACAACUACCACCCGCUGUUCCAGGAGGGCCAGGACGGCUACGACACCGUGGAGUGGGCGGCCCGCCAGCCCUGGUGCAACGGCCGGGUCGCAACCACCGGGCAGUCGUACCUGGGGGCGACGCAGUACACCCUCGCCGCCGGCCCGCGACCGCCGCACCUCGCCUGCAUGGCGCCCGUGUCUGCCUCGGCCGACUUCCACCAGAGCUGGGUCUACCACACCGGCGGCGCCAUGGAGUGGGGCUGGAUGGUGCCCUACGCCAUCCACAAAGGUCGCAACACCCUGGUGCGGGCGGGCCGCGAAGACCUGUUGGCGCAGAUGGACGAGUACGUGCUGCCGCCGGACAACUUUGCCCAGCCGCUGACCGACGCGUGGUUCCGCCACCUGCCCCUCCGCGACUGGAUCGAUCGCCUCAAGGAAACAGCACCCUAUCUUCAUGAGUAUUUCGAUCAAGAGAACGACGGGCCGUACUGGUCGCCAAUCAACCUGAUGCGGCAGGCCCACAAGAUCUCCCUGCCCAUGUUCCACUCCCUGCGCGACAAGGCCGCCACAGCCGAGGCGCGGCGGAGCCAGCGGCUCCUCGUGGGGCCGUGGGCGCAUAUCCGGCCUUACACCGCCCCGACCUCAGGCGACACAGGCGACAUCGACUUCGGCCCAGAGGCGCGCAUCGAGCUGCACGAGCACCUGCUGCGCUGGUUCGACUACUGGCUGAAAGAUAUCGAGACCGGCCUGUUGGACGAGCCGCCGGUCAGCAUCUUCGUCAUGGGUGAGAACCGCUGGCGCGCCGAGCAGGAUUGGCCGCUGGCCCGCACCCACUACAGCAAGUGGUACAUGCACUCCGGCGGCUCGGCCAACACCCUCGACGGCGAUGGCGCAUUGUCCACCUCCCCGCCCGGAGAGGAGCCAUACGACGUUUACACCUACGACCCCGCCGACCCGGUGCCGACCCGCGGUGGCUCCACGCUGAUCAUCCCCCAGGGCGUGGCGGACCAGCGGGAGGUGGAGGCACGGGAUGACGUGCUGGUCUACACCUCGGAACCGCUGGAGCGGGACAUGGAACUGACCGGUCCCAUCACCUGCACGCUGUACGCGGCAACCACUGCGGUGGACACCGAUUUCACGGCCAAGCUGGUGGACGUGCGGCCGGACGGCUUCGCCCACAACCUGCAGGACGGCAUCGUGCGGGCGAGGUUCCGUACCUCUGUUGCGGAGCCGUCGCUGCUACGACCUGGGCGCAUCUACAAGUACGAGAUCGACCUCUGGUCAACCAGCCAUGUGCUGUUCGCAGGGCACCGGCUGCGUCUGGAGAUUUCCAGCAGCAACUUCCCACGCUUCGACCGCAACCCGAACACCGGCGCCGCCAUCGGCGUUGACGCGCAGCUGGAAACGGCGUUGCAGACGGUGCUGCACACGGCCGAUUACCCCUCGCACGUCACGCUGCCGGUUAUUCCGCGGUAA